GUGGGGGGAAGCUUGUCGGCACAUCCCUCAACACAUCAUAGCCAGGCUGUGACACCUACUCAAUUCUCAACAACGAGUCCACAAGAGUUUCAGAGGAGUCCAGUAGAGCCUCUUGGAGGUGGAGGAGGCACCGCACCAGGAGGACACAAUAUGGUUGUUAGCAACUCACUCUCGCUCGCUCGCGAGGAUAGCAGACCCUCUUGGCAUAGUGGGAUAGGUGGUGGUGAUGUUCCUCGGGGGUCUCAACACCAUCAAAUAGGAGGGGGACCCAUUCUUCUAGCUGGUGGAGUAGAUUCUAGUACCCAGCAUACAGUUAUUAAUACAGCUGCUAGUGGAGGAGGAUCGCAUAGAAGUCAAGUUGUGAUAGGAGGAGGGGCGCAAGUGCAACACGGAGGACAGGUAAGAAGUACAACUACAAGGACCACAGCAGGGAUGAUUCCUGUCGUUGGUGCAUCAAACUCCUCAGACAAAAUGGAUGCAGGAACGACCUCAGCUGUCUAUGCGUCUGUGCCAGCAGAUAGAUCAGCAUCGGCGUCACUUGUCAGAUUGAGUCGUGGAGUCAGUGGCACUGCUACAGUUAAGGGUCCUCUUGCUCUUAUUUAGAUAGACGACUAUCAUGUUUCUCUUUCUGUUUGUGCUUGACUUGUGUGUAGUAGCUGUAUGCUUCCAUGUUGAGGUCGUGUGAUGUCAUCACUCAGUACAGAAUGUCAACACCUUACGCUUGCUACCCAUACCCUUGAAGCUAAACACUUGUCGGAAGCGAAGCAAGAUGAAAGCAAGUGGAACGGAAUGGCAGGAUUUAAAUUCUAGACUUGGGCGAUAAAAAACCAUUUUUUCGAGGAUUGAGCAGCCUAGUCUGAAGUCUGAAGCCAUUUUCUUCCUCCUAGUCAUCAUUUCCAUCGUGAUGCUUGUUCAGUUUCGUCCUUUUGAAUGUGCGACGUGUUGUUAUCAAUUACAGCAUGUAUGUGCAUGUUAGUACUAUACUGAUGAGAAAAGGUUCAGAAAUGUAGCUUUCAACAAUGCUGCUGAAUGUGAACAUAGAGAUUUGAAUUCAUUUGUUAGAUCUUAAAAAACCAUUUUUUCGAGGAUUGGUGAUUUCAAGUUGAAACUAUCAUCGUCAUGACUACCUCAGUUUGAAACUAUCACCAUCAUGACCUAGUACGCUGUAACGUGCGACUAUCCCACUUAUUUACCAGCACCGUUUUCAAUAACCUACACCAACAAGAGCAAAAGGCCUACAUGCCACAGCUUUCAAUAGCUGCACAGUCAGUAACUGGCGGCCUAUAUCUUCAUGAUCUCUAACAGAAGAGGCCGAUUACUCUUGACACGGUUCUACAACUACACACUAUCUCGUAACGCAGCAGAUGACGUGGAGACGCCUUUAGGGCAGAUGAAGGAAGAGGAGAGGAGGCGAUCCUGGUUUCGGAAUGCAAGACGCCAGACGAGGCUCAGGGAAAACAUCAUGUUAAGGCGUUGAUGAAGUGUAAGUGGUGCUUGCCGGUAAUCUAGGGGGAUUACUUGAGACGCGAAUGAAUGAAAGAAUGUUCAAUCAUGCCAUCAUGAUCAUCAGCUCCUGUGCUGGAGUUGUCGUAAAGUAGUUGUGUAUUGUCCUCAUUCUAGAUCAUCAUGGUCAUCAUAAUCAUCUGCAGCUAGCUUAUGAUUAUGUGGACGUACUAGGGUUUUUCAAUCAUGUCACCUGAGAAAGCACGGAAAGCAGCAGGGAUCUGGUUCGCCUAGCUUCUAUGAGAAUGAGGUCAAAAAGGUAAUUACCCACGACCUCUAAUCAUAGCUCGUUAUCAAAUGAUUCAAGAAAGGUUGUUGCUUUUCGGCACGAGCGCGAGAACAAGCAUACACCAACCGGCGGAAAACGAGGCUGCAGAAGGGACUAAUGGAACUGCGAAAGACAAUUUUAUUCCCAAUGGUGGCACUAAAGGUGGCGAGCCUGGUGCAGCCAAUGCCAAUAAUACGAAUAGUGUAGGAAGUGGAGCAACAACUUCAAUGGUGGUCGAUGGAGGAGGACAACAGCACCAACAUCAGGUUACAUCUACCUCAGACACUACCACGUCCAAUCAUGGAGCUGGUUUGCACGCGGGCGAGGUGAUUCUCGAGGAAGAUUUUCCAAAAUACCAAUUGUUGGAGGACCUACAGGAAGGGGAGCAAGUGCACGUCAUACAGCAAGGCGGUACGAGCUCCGCGUCAAUAGCUUAAGGCUAUGUUGCAUUGUGCUAAUUAAUCUGUAGGAAGGUGGUAUAGUAUUGAACUUGAAGAUGGUGACGGAUUCUUCAUGAAGCAUAUUGUCGAUGGCAUGGGUCGUCCCUGUACCCCUUGUCCUUUUUUGUUGACGACCAUCAGUUGGAAAGAAUGAUGCGCCUCCUGAGUCUCUUCUAAUGCAGCUCUAGUGCACAUCUUUCGACGAAUGUAGCGUCGUCAACUGCGAGGCAGUUUAAUUCGGCCGGAGAAGGUGGAUUCUUUCUGGUGAACGCUCCAUCUACCAGAAACGGAGGUACGAGUGGUGUAAUUAUGGCAGGAGAAGUACAAUCUAGAAGAGAGUAGCUGUGAAGUAUGAAGACGCCUCUCUGUCCCUAAGUACAACCUUGCUUUUCUAGCGAUUGGGAUGGGAGUGGGUGACUGAAAAUUCACAGUGUUAGUUACAAUGUUGAUGUUUUUCUAGGGCUCUCAAUCUAAUUGUAACGUACACAAUCUGAGGAUUGCAACAAGUGAGGUGAGCCUCAACGGACUCCAGGGUGCAUCAGGAACGAGCCUCAGUCCUCCUCAACCACCACAUUUAAGGCAGUCUUUUCCAGGAGCAAGACUUUAUCCUGCUCAGAAGCUAGCGAAAGAUAUUCCUGUCGUGCUUUUUUAAGUUUGUUGCAGGCGUAUCCUCGUAAUAAUAUCUUGACGUCGAAAAAUCAUCUAUAUCAGGAAGAAUCAAUUAAAGAAAAAGUACCAAUACGUAUCUUUUCCACGACGACCUGAGUCAGAGUCCCUCUCUGAUCUCUGCUUGCUAGACCGAAAGUUCUUCUAACCUACACUCCCAAACGAACACAGACUCAACAGGGACGCCUAUUACGUGGACUGGUUACACCUUCUAGGCAGACCGUGGUGGAGGUAGACCAAACAACAGGAGAGUUGGUCGCUCUAGCAGCAAGACCACCCAGAAGCAUCCAGAGGACAACAAGUCAAUAUGGCGGUGUAGAUAUGUUGUCCUCCAGAGAUGAGCUACAAGACUUCAGUACGGUGUUGAGUUAGAUAUGCUAGUAUCCAGAGGACUACAACAAGUCUUCAGUAUCUAAUGGAUUAGAUGCUGCCUUUGUUCUCAAACUUAAGUAAAAGAAACAACUCAGCAAAAAAUUGAAUCUUCGGUUCAUCUUUAUCACAAGUCUCCUAUCCUUCAUUUUCAUACAAUUGGUACAGGACAAUCGCCUGAACAAGACCUUUUCCACCCUGUUGGUAACAUGGAGGAUCAUGCAGUACAAGGACACCAACACGCACAAAACGUAGCGUUAUCGAGAUCUCGUUCAAGACGAUCGAUGCAGCACUCACCCAGUCAUACGAGGUUAAGAAAGAAGACGAAGACGAGUGGAUAGGAGGUUUUAGAAAUUGCAAGUCAAUGAUAAUUACCCUCUCCAAGACGAUGCACAGUAGCUAAUUCUAGAAACAAGUGAAUGGGGAUGACCAUGACGAUGACCUAUCCUAGUCAUCUCAAGUAUGAAGAGAGUCAGAUGUUGUAUCUAUAAGUGAGCUUUCUUAUGUAAGUAGAUGAGCUGCUUGACAUGAUCAUGUUACCUAGUAGUCAAACUCAAACUUAUCAUCCUGAUUCUCACGUUCAAAGUUCUCAAUACCUCAUAGUAGGUUGGUCUCGUACGAGUAUACACUUAAUCUUAAUACAGCUGCUACACCACUAUACAAUAACAACUAUCUACGAACGAUGUUCCAUCAAAGGGUUCAUCUUCGUGUACAACUUGAUUUCAUUGUGAUACUAAUCUCAAAAGAUAGAUUGAAUUUGAAUUGUUAGGCGAUAAAAAGCCAUUUUUUCGAGGAUUUAGGUUCUUAAUUUGAAACUUGUUGGGGCCAACAUCGACAACAACAGCACUAGCAUGGUGCAAAAAUAUCAUGGUGCAUCACCUGAUAUCCUCAUGAUAGUCUCAAGUAUUGCAAAAAGAGGCCCAUUGAAAUAGACCAAGACUGAGUCCCUUGGGUUCAAAUUGAAUUAUUGGGAGAUAAAAAACCAUUUUUUCGAGGGUUGGCCUACCUUUUUGAUUUUUGAGCCCAUCGUCAUCACCACCAGCAACAGCAUCGACAACAUUAGCAUAGUGCGCGCAGCAUACUGUAGCGAAAACGCCCUCUGCUAUCAUAGUGAAAAACAAAUGAUCACCUAAAACAGUGUAGUGAAAAUACGAUCAGGAAGAUCACGAACUUGGGGUUAACGCGGAGUAACGACGUUGUGAUGUUGUAUCCUCUAAACCUAUUGGCUGCACGAGACACCUCUGCCGGCGACUUGCUUUUACGCUCCUCUUCCGUCGGUUCGAGACUAAGCUCCGUGGGUAGACCUGGUUCCCCUCAGUUAUGGGCGAUGAUAAGGGAUCUCUUUCUUUCGCUCUUGCUUAAUGAUCUACAGAUGAAAGCAUUUUGGUUUUCGUUUUCUCCUUUUUUGUUGAAGGUGGCCGUGUUCCAUUCCUAUUUUCUCUACGAGUCAACUUACUUUUGGCUACUCCAAUGGUAGAGGCAGUUGACAAUUAUGCCGUCUUGGGCAUUCAUCUUCAUCCGAGCACCAUAGCACACUGCGAUCCUCCAGUAAAGCUUCCUCCUCGAGGAUAAGUGGAUGAUGGUGUAUUGCGCAAUCAUCUUGUGCAGAGGCGGGAGAUUGAGAUGGACAUCUUCUAUUUCUAACUCAACUUGGACUGCCAGCACAACAGCAGGACUUUUACAUGAAAGUUGAAGAACAGCCUCAGUCGCCAGCUGGAGUUCUACACGUUUUCAACGCCUGUGCGAUCACGAUCACUGGCGACGUACUUGCGGUGAUAUUGAAAAGCAGAAAGCUGCGAAGGUUUUUCUUCCGGAUUGCACUUCUUAUGAAACGCAGUGUCAGUAAAUUUGUUUUAAUAACAUCAAAGUAAGUAUGGACGUCAACAACAGUACCCAAAGGGUCCUCGUCUAAUCUUGAGAAUUGCAGUGUCAUUAUCGCCUGUCGCGUUUCACCGAUCCAGAAAGCAAAUAUUGUCGAGCUGUCGCGAAAAUACCGGCAGAGCGAACACAAUGCGAUGUUAUGAAUAAGCUGGCUCUAGUUUCUUUCUUCAUCUUCUAUGUACUAUGUGUUUGCCCUUAUUCCUGCUCGUGUAUGAUCCCUUGAUCGAUGAAGAGCACCCGCAUCCCCAUUACCUGUUGAGCACAUCAAGCGUAGUCUUCUCCUACUGCUACUGUUUACAGAUCGCCACAGAUGGGAACACAAAGGAUUGAUUGCUCUAACUCCCCUAGCCAUCGGCGACGGUGCCAAUGAUGUGGGUAUGAUUAUCAAAGCCCAUGUUGGUGUGGGCAUUGCGGGAAAGGAGGGCGCCCAGGCGGCGAAAAGUGCGGAUUUUGCAAUUGGCCAGUUUAAACACCUUAAAAAGCUUUGCUUUGUCUACGGAAGAGAAUCGAUGCGGAGGAAUGCGCUCUUCAUGUAUUAUUAUGGCAAAGGGAACAAAUGGAAAAAGAUUACGCAACGACCGGUUAUUUUUUCACUCAUAGCCUAGGUUUAAUAUCCCAACAAACAAUUACAAAGCGCCGGUCUUUAUAAAUCGAGUGCAUCUACUUCUACAGGAAAGCGGUUGAGGUAGCGAUGAUGUGAUUUCCCAUUCCCCUUCCGCUAACAAGUCAUGUUGAACAAGAAUGUUGCGAUUGCGUUACCUUCCGUCUUUUUUAGCGCUGUUAGCCGAUUUUCCAGUACAGACCUCUAUGAUCCUUGGGUGAAACAGAUCUACAACACGGUUUUCACCUUCUUGCCGAUUGUACUUUUUAUGGGAACAGGUAAAAGGAUGAAUGAUUGGCCUAAGGUUUCUAUUUGUCAUAGACCGUCUAGUCCAUUCAUCAUCAUCCUCCUCAUCAGCCUCAUCUAUUUGUGCCUGGUAACUAGGGGUUCUCAAUCUUGUUACCCUUUCUCGUAUUUCUUGGCUCUUCUCUCACGCUUACUAGUUCUUAUUCUUAUUCAAGAUAUUGAGUUUGAUGUCGUUUUCGUAAGGAAUAUCAAAAUGCAUGAUGUCCUCGCAAGGAAUAGAUGAGGCUCACGGCAGGAUUGUCCUUGUCACCUCCACAGCUUGGAUUUUGUUCUUCAUUGCCAUUAUAGGAGUUCUAAUCUCGACGCCCUAUUCGACCGCGAGUUGCCGUUCUAUUACCUGAUGUCCGGACCGCCCCUCUACCGACCGCAUCGGUAUUUGUUAUAUCGAAAUCUUCUCUCAAUGCUCAAUCCGAUGAAAUUUUUAUCUGGGAGGAUCCUCCCAUGAUCGUUCAUGAUAUUUGUAACUUUACAAAAAACAUCUGGAUCAAUCAACACAAUCAAGCACACAUUACAUUCAAAAUAAAAUCCAGAUUCGGCGUUCCUUCAAUUGGUGACUGGGCUUUCUGGUAUUGGUUCGCGGUGGGGGUGUGGGUCGCCUUUGCCUGUGCUAUAAUACCCCUUUGCUUGUUCGACGAAGCCCCAGAGCUCGCAGGGACUCCAGCUGGGUACCACUGUGGCACUUUGGUCUUUGCUGCUGUGAUCUUAUGAAAACAAUAACAACAAUAACAAGUACCAGUCUCAUCAUGUUGCUUGACAGGGCUGUGAUCUUAUGAUGACAAGUAACUAGAAGUACUAGUCUCAUGUUUUUGACAUGCCUUUUUACUGCACCUCUAACUGUAUUUUCAACUUCAAGAAGAAGAGCUCCAGCUCUUGGUGAUGUUAAUGUGUGUCUCAGAUCAAGGCUGGGAUACGAAUUUUAUUAAUAGAGGCACUAUCACUAAAUGAAGCAAUCAUGAACGUGGAUACUCGUAGUCUAAAUCUUUCUUUAUCAUUAAUUGCUUACGACGCCUUCUAUUUCUAACCAUUGUGGCAGUGACAGCACUGUUGCCAAUCCACUCGCACAUGUACCACUGGUUUACGGUACCUUCGAUGGUCGGUGGUUUCAUCGUUUUCCUUUGGACGUGGGUUCUCAUGUCGGAAACGAAUUUCAUCGGGUAUUCGUCGACCAUGUAUCGAACAUAUUGGCUGCUCACGUGGGAAGUCGGCGAACAAUUCUUUCUCAUCCUUUUUAUCACAACUUUUUUUAUGAAUGGUUACCGUUACUCACGACCUCGACCAUGACCAUCAUCACAUCAAUAUAUAUAAAUAAGCAAAUUAUGAGCUAGGCUGUUUAUUAGGUGGAUUAUCUUGAUCAUUAUGCGAUUGGUUUUUUCCUUUUUUUUUUCGGUUUUUUAUUUUUUCUAGUUGGGUCAGUCUGCUCCACCCACUUUAUCAAUAUGUGAAUGUGAUCCUAUGCUACUAGAUCAAUUAUACUCUUUUUACAUUGAUGUCUCGUCUUUUCUUUGUUUCGUUUCAUCUUCUUGUUUUUGCUAGGCAGGUAAGUACCGCGACUUUAUGUGAUCCUCAUCUGCAGUUCUAAUUUUCGCGCAAUCCUUCCGCAUUACGUUUACAUGUUCCGCGGCGUCUUCUUUCCUGAUGGCGUAAGGAUCGUGAAAGAGCGGACAAAGUUGGGCGUUCACGACGUGCUCUUACUGCCAGACGCUACCAACAAGUCGGCAGGAAAUAUUGUCGUCCCUCACAAAAGAAUUCAAAAAAGAAUGAUGAAGGGGUAGUGGAAGGAGAAGUAGGUGCUAUGGGUAUCGAAUUUGGAGAAUGACGGAGGGCUGGUUUUUUUAGUAUUUGGAAGACUCAACAUGAAGUACUCUUCAUCCAUUGGUCCUUCUGUUGGAGCAGUUGUACUAGGGAGUAGGAGACUUUUUGAAAUUCUGAAGAUGGAGUCGUCAUAGUCAUCGUAAUUGCUGAUGCUGGUAGUGGUACUGGGUCAGUUGUACUAAAAAUACUACAUCUACAUGUGCUGCAAAAAUGACAUUCAGAGAAGCGGAAGUCUUAAUAUGACUAUAAUAGGUCGUCCACGACCGGUAUUCUAUGGUGAAAAAUGCAUGAGUCCAAACUUUCCAUGUUUUGCUGCACAGGUUUAGAUGUUUGGUUGUUGCAUUUGAUUGUUUUAUUUCGCCUCAAACUCGAUCAUGAUCGAAUCUGUCAGAAGACAGAUGCAUUUUGUAGUAGGUUCUAUCUCGUCGACGAGUGAUGUCGUUUUUUAUGAAUUCUGAACUCAUCAUCUCAAGAGCGUUGGUGGAGGACAACUGUCUCAGUACUUCGUCCACGCACGUUGUAUUCAAAACCUUUUUUUCCAGAAAUUUCGUCUUUGAUUCUGCUAAUCUUUUUAUGCUGAAGCUUGCUGGAUCCUCAUAUUUUUCGACGUGGUAAUAAAUACAUACUAAGUAUAAAUGAGAAAUAAAAGAAGCAGCCAGAACCACGAUCGAAUAAGUAUAUUAAUGCUCUCUGCUCGUUGUCAACAUGAUAGUAGGACAUUAACUCAGAAAGAGAUGGAGAUGAUUGAUUGAAGAAGCAUUAUCAAAUAAAUCAUAAUCAAGAAUAUGAAAAAUUUUGUACUUGAUCAUCUCCAACUGAGCUCAGCAUUUCAGAAAAAGGAUCUGGAUGAGUGAAAACAGCCAUGAUGUACUUGUCUUUUUAGAGAAGGUGUCAACUUUCUGAACGUGACACGCAAACGUUGGAGCCUCGUGUUGGUUUCCCCUAGUCAUUUCGACUAGCGUCUGCCUAUUCCUAUCCUUGGGAAAAACCCUCAAUUGGUUUCAAAA